UUUUGACACGUAAUAAUAUAACUCACAAAAUAAAAAAUUAAAUAAAAUAUAAUUAGUUGUUAAUAAGGGGUGAAAUCAUAUAUCACCAAGUCUGCCCCCAAUGGAGAGCAGCCGGUGGUGUGGCAAAACCAAGUGGACCCAUUUUCUCAAAAACAGUACUCCAAUAAACCCUAAUUGUCAAAUCUGACCAACCUGAGUCGCAUGAGAAAAGUCAAAAUUGCAAAUCUUUUAUAGUGGUACACUAUUCUCAGCCAUAUGUUGUUCAUAAUCUACGCAAUUGGCUACCUUAUGAUUUUUCCGUUGCUCUGAUGAAUAGUCAUGCUAGCAUUUCCCGCCAUUUUUCGAUGUCUCAAAAUUUCACCCAAAUCUUUCUUCAAUUCACCUUUUGUAUUCUCCAUUGCUUUCACAGACUUCUCCAAAUCUUUCAAGGGUGUCACCACUUCCACAAGAUCGAGUGCUUUCUCUUGGAGUUCAGUACUCUCUGAUCACCUAAAGCACAAAAGACUAGAUGAAGCUCGCUUGGUUUUUGAUAGAAUACCUUUGCCCAGUGUUCAUUUGUGCACUAAGAUGAUAGUGGGUUAUGCGGAAAACCAAAGAAUCGAGGAUGCCUUGAAGCUGUUUGACAAAAUGCCGGCUAGGGAUGUGGCUUCUUGGAAUUCUAUGAUCAAAGGGUGUUUAAAUUGUGGGGAUUUUAAUAUGGCUAGGAAAUUUUUUGAUGAAAUGCCGGAAAGAAAUGUGAUUUCUUGGACAACAAUGAUGAAUGGUUUCUUGCAGGUUGGGAAAGUCAAAGAGGCUGAGCACUUGUUUCAUGAGAUGCCCACAAGGGAUAUAGCUGCUUGGAAUUCGAUGAUUUAUGGGUAUUUUAGCAAUGGUAGAGCUGAAGAUGCUAUGAAGUUGUUUGACAAAAUGCCUUGUCGGAAUGUGAUUUCGUGGACUUCAAUGAUUAGUGGGCUUGACCAGCAUGGGAGGAGUGAUGAAGCUUUGAUUCUCUUCCCGCAGAUGGUGGGUUCCGGUGUUGAACCCACUUCGAAUACGUUUUCAUGUGUCAUAACAGCUUGUGCAAAUGCAUUCGCUUUACAUCCAGGGUAUGGUUUGAAUUGUAAACAUGAAGAUGCAUUGAAGGUUUUCAGUGACAUGAUAAAAAUUGGUAUCCUCCCGAAUCAAUCUUCUUUCACUAGUGCCUUGAAUUCGUCCUGUGAACUGGACACUCUUGAUAGAGGGAAAGUGAUUCAUACUGUAGCUAUCAAACUGGGCCUGGAAACUGAUGUCUUUGUGGGUAAUUCUCUUACUGUAUUGUAUUCUAAAUGCGGAAAUAUCAAUAGUGGAGUAGCCAUAUUCAAGAAAAUUGAUCAAAAGAACAUUGUUUCAUGGAACUCAGUUAUUGUUGGAUGUGCACAAAAUGGGUGUGGCAUGUGGACACUAACACUCUUUACCCAAAUGAUACGUGCUGGGGUGGACCCGGAUGAGAUCUCAUUCACUGGUUUGCUUUUAGCUUGUAGCCAUUCUGGAAUGUUGCAGAAAGGAAGAUGCUUUUUUAAGUAUUUUGGUCAAUGUCAAUCCGUUGAGGUAAAGCUUGAGCACUAUGCCUGUAUGGUGGAUAUUUUGGGCCGAAGUGGGAAGUUGGAGGAAGCAGAGGAGUUAGUCAGAAAUAUGCCGAUGAAGGCUAGUUCAACCAUUUGGCUCACCUUGCUCAAUGCUUGUAGAAUGCAUUCUAAUUUAGAAUUGGCUGAAAAAGCUGCAACAUGUGUUUUUGAUUUAGACCCACAGUGUAGUGCUGCUUAUGUUUUAUUGUCUAAUUUAUAUGCUUUUACUAGCAGAUGGAGUGAUGUCGCAAGAGUAAGAGGGAAGAUGAAACAGAGAGGAGUCACAAAACAACCAGGAUGCAGUUGGGUUACUCUAAAGGGAUUGAGGCACAUGUUUCGUUCUGGAGAUAGAUCCCAUCCAUUAAGUGAUAAAAUAUAUCAGAAACUGGACUGGUUGGGAGAUAAGUUGAAAGAGUUCGGGUAUGUUCCUGAUCAAAGGUUUGCAUUGCAUGAUGUAGAUGAUGAACAGAAGGAAACCAUCUUGUCUUAUCAUAGUGAGAGGCUUGCUUUUGGGUUUGGGCUGAUUAGUACUGUAGAGGGAAGUACAAUAACAGUGAUGAAGAAUCUCCGUGUAUGCGGCGAUUGCCAUGCUGCCAUUAAGCUUAUGGCGAAGAUUGUUGGGCGUGAGAUUGUUUUGAGAGAUUCUAACCGCUUUCAUCACUUCAAGGAUGGCUUUUGUUCUUGCAGGGAUUAUUGGUAAGACAAGGCUUUGAGGAGUGGAGGAAGAUGAAAGAUUGAAAGAAAUUCAAUGAGAUGCAGAAAGUCUGAUUGAUCUUUUGACUGUAUUGAACAAGAAGUUUUCAAGGAAUAUUGCAGAAUUUGAGUGAGAGAUGCUGGACUGAGUAGUAAAAACUGGAGAAUUUGAGGUUGUAACCGCAGGAAAUGAAGGAUUCAUGAAAGAAGUAGAUGAUGUCAAGAAGUUGAAUUUGAACGGCGUGCACAAAGAGUCUGAUCCAUAUUGUGAUUGCAUUGAUGUUAUAGUUUUAAACAAUAUGGAAGGACUGGCGAAAAGAAGCACUAGAUUGAUGACUUAAACGUGCAGUAACUGAAGGAUUUAAGAAGAAAGUACUACAAGAUGACAUAAAGAAUAAAAUGUUUGCUUGUAAAGCCAAAAAAGAGAUUUUCAUGUGGAAUUGCAAAGUGUUAACGAAGAAUGUAAACAGGUCACUCAAACUAGUUGACCAAUUGGAAAAGAUGUUGUUAUUUUGUGGCAAGUGAAGAGUAAAGACAGAGUUGCUGAAAGUACUGCAGUGUCUGCCCGUGGUUUGAAUUCUUGAUCAAAUGGUGUUAUACUGAAGCUUAGGGAUGUGGUUUGAAUUCUUCAUUCUUCAUCAGAUGGUGUUAUACUGAAGCUGAUGGAUGCAGUGAUGCGCUGAGGGAUGCAGUGAGCUCUUUUUUGCAUUUGCUCACUUGUCAGCAAAAAGAUCAGAAUCCUUGUAAAUAGAGAAGAACAUGCCUCUUCUGUUUGAAAUUGUUAAGUUAGUUUUAGGUAUUGAUUUGAAUUUUGCUCCAGCUCAUGGUUUCUUUUGCUUUAUUACAUUUUGAUCUUGGCUAGUUGCUC